CCCAACCAAACGCCUCCUUAGGGUGUUGAAUCCGGAGGCGGCGAAAAUUAGGAAGAGUGAGGAAGAGAGAUGAUGCAGAGUUGUAGCUCUACUCGCCAGAAGGUGAGCUGGUCAGAUCUCCCUCAACCAUUACUUCAAUCCAUCGUCAAAUUACUGGGAAAUGAUCUUAACAGCUUGCGCCGUUUCCGAUCAGUCUGCAACAAUUGGCGCCAAUCAACUGCUUAUCCUGUGCCGCCUUCCGUCAACAACCACAUCGAGUUUUCUUCCUCCGUCAUCCUCCUCCGCCGUGGUGGCUCAGACUCUAUCUCCACCCCGUGGAUGGUGUUUUCCGUCAAUAUCGCCCCAGGUAUUACCUCCUUUUCCACCCUUUCUCCGGUACUCCUUUCAUUAAUCUUCCCCAAAACCUCAGUCACACUUCAGAAUUUUAUACAGCUACAACUAUGUACCAUAAGGGUGAUUCAAUUACCAGUGAGAUUGUCAGCCUGUCCCCUCUCUUCAGCCCUAAAAGAGUUGCAUUGCGGAAUGAACCAACUGAUAAGUGUGACGACAUUGUGCAUUUUAGGCAGUUUGAUUACUCUGUAGAUUGGAAAGGAAACCUGUAUUACGUUUCUCAGAAACAUUUAAUUCCAGUUUGUAAACCUACUGCUUGUAACGAGGUGGAAUUACAUGAAAUGGCAUAUAGAAAGCGCCUUGUCACAAGAACAUGUUUUCAGAACCUGUUUUUGGUUGCGAGGAACAAGGACAUGUUGAGGGUUUAUUAGCGUAGUUUUCGGGGUAUGUUAGGAUGUCUUAUUGAGGUUCAGAGCUUUGGUUUCCCUGAUGUGGUGCUGUUUGUCACUAGAGAUUACAGUUUCUUUGUUUCCAGUAAGCAAUUUCCUGGUUGUCAAUUAAAGGAUUGUAUUGUUUUCACCUAUGACGCUUUCCCUCCUUAUUCGGGUAUUGAUUUGGAGAUCCCUAAAGAUGAUGGAGGGGGGAUGUACAUUUUUAAGAUUUGAAGAAAUAAUCAUGCUUUCAUGCCGAUUUCUUCUUACCCGGGUUUCCCUCUUCAUCUUUGCUCACCUCCAUCUUGGGAUUUACCGCCCCGCCCUCUUCAUCUUUGCUCACCUCCAUCUCGGGUUUUGCCGGUGCCACUGCCUCAAGUUGAUAGGUCUCAAAGGAGGCUGGUAAGAAUAAACAGAAAGAAGAUUCCUGUCCGAAGACGUCAGAAGAGCACACAACAAUUUGAACCUGAGACACAUACCUCUGAGACACAUACCUCUGAGACACAUGCUGUUUCUGCAGAUGGAAGGAACACUACAGGAACUCCUACUACCGUGAAUGCUCUAAACAAUUUAGCUGAGCAAGGGCCUUGUCCGGAUAUUUUGAGGGAAGAUAUCGUACACUCUGUAUCUCGGGCUUAUAUAACCUCUAUAAACCAGAACAACAGAAGUGAUAGCUCAACAAUCAAAUUCGAAGGACUUGAUAUAAAACCUAGUCUAGUUCCCAACAUUGCAAAAGAUUUGGACAAAGCACGGAAACAUCAUAGAAAAUAGCCUAAUGUGUAACGGUGACACGAUUGCUAGAGCGCUAGAGUCACUUGCUACCGUGGUACUCAUUCUUGAGGAUAACUCAGUCAGGUCUUUGAAUGAUUCCCAAGUUGAUUAUUUGAGCUCUGCAUUGUCGGACUUGAAAUGUAUGCGCUUUGAAGUAGAGUGGCUAGCUCCUUGUGUUGAGAAGGCUGUUGGACUAUACAAAAACAAGCCCGUGAUAGAAACUUUCAACAAGCUCAGCCAGUUAGAAGACCAAGCCACGAAACGCAGAUCAAACCUCCUUGAGGAAUUAGCCAAACUUGAUGAGAUGCAAAAAGAACUGAAAGAAGACAAGGCAAAACUAUCUAAGAUUAUGCAAUUUUCUGGAGAAGUGGAUUUGGACAUACCUUUAGGAGGGGGAUUGUCAUAAAUAGAAUGAAUGUGGGUUCUAAAUACCUAUUAGUAAAUGUUAGAGGUCAUUAUUAACUGCUAAUUUUAGUUAUGUCUGUUAUUUUGGUUGGCUUAGUGUAAAUGAAUGUGGGUUCUAAAUACCUAGUAGGUUUUCUUGUAACAAACUAACAAUAAUUGAGUUUUCAAGAUGUGGACCCAUAUUAGUUAUAGGAUAUUUUAAAAAGAAUACUCCCUUUGGCCCAAAAUUUACAAUUUAAGGGUUUGUCA